ACUGGUCGCUGCAAGUCGUUUCGAAGUGUUGAGAGUUCACACGACAAUCACGAUCAGCAUUCAGUUCAGUAACGAUCAGUUCGGUGUGGUUGAGUGGCAGUGCAUGUAGUAUUAUCGUUCUUCAUCGUUUUUGCGCAAUCUGUAUAUUUUGAAAAGAAAACGAGAAAUUUUCGACGAUUUUCGAAAUAUGAAGUCUGCUUACUUGAUCUGCGUGUUACUGUGUGUGCCACUGGUGCUGGCCGUAGAGGAUACAGCACAAAAUGGAACUUCUUCUUCAACGGAUUCUUCGAAUCACAGUAAUCAGACUCAGAUCUCAGACAAGACUACUACUCCUGAACCAGUCAAUAAUAAAAUUACUAUAACUGCAAGUAGUAUUGCUACUACUACUCCUACUCCUACUUCUACUUCUACUUCUACUUCUACUAAAACUACUGGUAAUACUCCUCCCCCCAAUACCACCACCACCACCACCACCACCACCACCACCUCCACCUCCACUACUACAAAUACUCCUACUACUAUUACGACCACUACAUCUAAAACUACUACUGCAUCAACAAAUACAUCAACCAGCGUUCCAACAUCUCCACCUCCAUCCACCAGCACGGCUUCAUCGAAGACAACAGCUGUACCACCACCUUCUAAGGAUCGCCAAUUUGAUGGUCUAAGCUUUUUUGGUGGCAUUAUUCUUACUACAUGUUUGAUGGCAAUCGCCGCGUUCUCAUGGAAGUUCUAUAGGCAAUGCAAGGAAGGAAACUACCGUACACUGUGAUAACGUGCAAGGCGCUACAUAACAGACUUUCGUCAAGUAAACACAAUUAAUUGAAUUAAGAACUAUGAAUAAUUAUUUUAUUGUAAUAAUAUUGCGUAUUUUUAUAACGCAGUUAAAGUGUUGCGUGGUUAAGUGCUCUUAGUAAUGUGAUGUACAACCACGUUCCGUUUUUCUCGAUACAUAUAUGUAAUAAAGAGGGAGGGGGGAGAUCAUAUGUAUUCGUAUGUAUUGGAAACAAUAUUGUAUGUAUAUGCGUCAUUUUACUAGUAGACGAGAGAUUGUGACGAUUACGUGUUGCAAGUAGGAGCAGUAGAGGAUAUGAGGGAGAGGGAAAGUGGGCGCAUUGACGAAAGCCAAUGACCAAUCAAACGUACAUUCCAUAAGAGAGAAAAAAGGGAGAUCAUAAUUCUUUAAACGCGCAUUAUCCUUCUUAUUAGCUUUCGCUCAAACUGUAACUGUUAACAAGCUGUAUCUUUAAUCUAUGAUGUGGUAUAUACAUUCCGCAGUAAAGUUACAUAAGAUCUGACUUUUCUACGAGAGGAGAGAGAGAAGAGAAAGUAUUAAACUUAAGAAACAUUGAACUCGACACAGGUGUUUUAGCGUGAAAACGCUAUGCCAAAGCAAAUGAAUCUUCGAAAUACUCGAAUUUCAAACAGACGUAUAAAUUACAUCGACGCGUCUGAGACGCGCUAUAUAAUAUGAAUACUUAAAGCCGGUUAUUGGCUGUUAUUAAAAAAAAUAUAUAUAUAUAAUAGUUUUGCGGUGCAAUAUAUAAUAUGCACGAGCUAUUAACUCUCUCCUUUAUAUAUCCUUAUCACUGGUCUUGCUCUACAAUAUUUUUUCGA